GUUACUUAGCGGAUUUCCUCACAAAUUCAAGAGAGAGAUAUUUAUUAGUUUGGGACAUUUCUUAAACUUCCAACAAAUACAAGUCAGUGAGGUUUUAUUCAAUCCUAUUUUCUCCUCUAAUCAUCAGUCAACAAUGGAGGCUGAUCAAACUCCAAUCUAUGGCAAGAACGAUGAUGCGGAUGAGCGGCUGGCGGAGCAGAGGGCGAUCGACGACUGGCUCCCGAUCACCUCCUCCCGGACAGCCAAAUGGUGGUUCUCGGCUUUCCACAACGUCACCGCCAUGGUUGGCGCGGGAGUUCUCAGCCUCCCCUACGCCAUGUCCCAACUCGGAUGGGCCCCGGGCGUGUUUUUCCUAGCCCUCUCGUGGCUCGUGACGCUCUACUCGCUGUGGCAGAUGGUGGAGAUGCACGAGCUCGUGCCAGGGAGACGCUUUGACCGAUACCACGAGCUCGGGCAGCACGCCUUCGGCCAGAAGCUGGGCAUCUGGAUCAUCGUCCCCAUCCAGCUGGUAGUCCUCGCCGGACUCAACAUAGUUUACCUCAUCACCGGCGGCACGUCCCUUCAAAACUUCCAUCAUUUGGUUUGUCCCGGAUGCAAUAAACUUAGCCUCACUUAUUGCAUACUCAUCUUUUCCUCGGUUCACUUCGUCCUCUCCCAGCUCCCCAGCUUCAACUCCAUCUCCGGCAUCUCCCUCGCUGCUGCUGUCAUGUCCAUAAGUUAUUCGACGGUGGCAUGGGGAGCUUCGAUCUCGAGAGGAGUUGAAAGGGAAGUGGAGUAUGGCUACAAAUCUACGAUGCCAGGAAGCAUGUUUAACUUCUUCAACGCGCUUGGGAGUGUGGCGUUCGCCUACGGAGGGCACAAUGUGGUUAUGGAGAUCCAAGCUACUAUGCCGUCCACACCGCAGCAUCCUUCGAGGAGACCUAUGUGGAAGGGGGUUGUCGUUGCUUACAUCAUCGUCGCCUUAUGCUACUUUCCCGUUGCUAUAAUUGGAUUCUGGAUUUUUGGUAAUAAAGUUGAUGAAAACAUCCUCACCACUUUAAACAAACCUACAUGGCUCAUUGCCAUGGCUAACAUGUUUGUUGUCAUUCAUCUUGUUGGAAGCUAUCAGUUGUAUGCAAUGCCGGUUUUUGACAUGAUAGAAGCUUUGCUAAUAAAGAAGCUCAAGUUGAAGCCAACUUGGUAUAUGCGAUUUAUCUCAAGGAAUAGUUAUGUUGUAAUUGUUUUUUUUCAGCUUUCACAACUUUUAUUGCCAUCACAUUUCCUUUCUUCAAUGCGCUUCUUGGAUUUUUUGGAGGAUUUGGAUUUGCUCCAACCACAUAUUUUCUUCCUUGUAUUGUCUGGCUUAAGGUUCACAAGCCAAGGAUGUUGACCUUCUCUUGGUUGGCCUCUUGGUUUUGCAUAAUAUUUGGUGUCCUGUUGAUGAUUGUUGGACCAAUUGGAGGGCUCAGGCAGGUUAUUAUUCAAGCUAAAGAUUAUAAAUUCUACCAUGACUUGGAUGAUUAACAUUUAACACUCUAUAGCUAUAUAUGUGUAGUUUUCCAUAAAUUGGUUAAAUUAAUUACAUUGUAUUUUCUAUACUUGAAAAUGCUUCAAAGAUAAGUCACAUACCACCUUCCUAUGUCA